GUAACUUCAGUUCGAGGUUAAAAGGCCGCCAGAGAAUCCUGUGUCACCGCGCGCCACCGGAAGAAUGAAAACGUCAACAGCAGCAGCGCCAUGAAGAUGGAUGAACAGACUGGAAUGACGGCGACUACGCAGAGGCAUUUGGCCUCACUGUCGGCAGCUGACCUGUGACCCCUCAUGGAUUAAAAAUGGCACUUUGGCUGAGACAGGGAGGGAAGCGAGACAUUUUACUCUCCGGGAAUUCUGGGAAUUUAACAAGCAUGUUUGUUUGAAACGGGAUUGCAAAGACUGGACAAGCCUGGAGUCUUUUUUCAUUUCAAUGGGACUAUCAUGGUUCAGUAAGGGUGGAGUAAGAUCUGAGUGGGAGAUGUUAAUUAAGAAAAACUGACUACAAAAUAGAAUUUGAGUCAAGGAUGGAGCAGGAUUUUACACAGUAGGAUCUCUUAUCUCUCAUCAAUUGUGGAUAGUGAACACUAGCCUGGACUUACAGUAGCCAGUGCUGGUGAAGAUUCCAACACUUAACACCCAAUUCAGCUUAACAAACUUUUAACCUCUAAUUAAACUCUAGCAGGCAAUACUAGCCUGUAACUGUAAUCUAUCUAUCCCUCAUUGUUGUGAAUGGACGUCUGACUCCUCUAAAGCUAGAAGGUUUCCCUUCAGCUUCAAACUGUAACUCUGACUUCUGGUCAGUAUCUCGCUGCAGCAUCGCUAAAAAAAAUCCAAAAAUGGCUGCUACAGGAAGGAAGCACUUGGUGAGAGACUUUAACCAUUUCAUCACCUGUUACCUUUGUCGGGGUUACCUGAUCAAACCAACCACGGUCACCGAGUGCCUGCACACCUUCUGUAAGAGCUGUAUUGUGCAACACUUUGAGGAGAGUAAUGACUGUCCUAAAUGUGGCAUUCAGGUCCACGAGACCAACCCACUGGAGAUGCUCAGGUUGGACAACACCCUGGAGGAGAUCAUUUUCAAGCUGGUGCCUGGACUCAGAGAAAAAGAGGAACAGCAGGAACUCGAAUUCUGGAAGAAGAACCAGCCCAAAGCAAACGGCCAAGCAGAGAACCUGAGGUGUCAGAGGCUCGGGCUGCCUGAUGUUGGGGGUGAUGACGGUGACGGUGGUGGUGAUGAUGGUGACGAUGGUGGCGACGAAGACUACCACAGGAGUGACCCUCAGAUAGCCAUCUGUCUGGACUGCCUACGGAACACGGGACAGUCGGGGGAAAGCACUGUCACGGAUUUGAUGAAGAGGUUCAUCCGCUGCUCCAGUAGAGUCACCGUGGGAACAAUUAAGAAGUUUCUCAGUCUUAAACUAAAGCUGCCGAGCUCUUAUGAGCUGGAUGUGCUGUGUAACGGAGAGAUCAUGGGCAGAGAUCACACUCUGGAGUUCAUCUACAUGACCCGAUGGAGGCUACAUGGAGAGAAUACGUAUCCCAUGGUUCUAGAGUACCGGCCGCGUAUCGACUUUGGCUGAACCACAGCUGCAGGAAGAGGACCACACACACUCUCACACACAUAAGCAGACAUACUUACCAGGACGGACAACAUUUUGAACGUAGACAUAAACGUACACAUGCCCACAAUGUGCAGAGAAAGAGAAAGAUUUAAAUGUAUUUUUGUACAGCCAAUGAUGAAGUGCAUACGUUGUUAUGGUAAAGAGGUUUUAUGCUACAUAGAAUAAUAUAUGCUAUAAUAUAUGAUAUUUUUAAAUGUAUGUCCCUGUGCCUAAAAACCUGUUGAGAUCAGAAAAAGUAUGACCAUAUCUUUACUUUGCCUGUCUAACUCUGUAGAUUAAAUGUUGAUUUUCUACUGUU